GCUGAUUGGAUGAGGCUGUCGGGCUGAAUUUCCGGGUCAGACUGAACACAAUCAGCUGUUUUUCUAAAGAAAACAUCAGUCAGUCUCCGUCAAGCUGCAAUCAUGUCCGCCUCUGGGUUUAUGCUGCUGAUUCUGGCUGCGUCUCUGUGUUCCGGAGAUUCCAGAUUCAUUGCUGACCCUUUUCAGUUCACUGGACAAACUCAUCUGUCACGCGGGAUGUGUCCAGAAUGCAGUCAGAUCAUCCAGCUCUCCACCAACAUGAUCUUCAGCAGAGACACCAAGGUGACUGUGUUUAAAGCCUUGCAUGCUUUGUGUCAGCGUCUCCCCAAAGAAGAGGCAUCAGAAUGUGAGUCACAAGUGAAAAUAUAUCUCCCUAAGAUCCUGCAGCAAACAUCCAGUCAGUGGAAACCAGAAGAGAUCUGUGAGGUUUUUGGACUUUGUGCAACCCACAAGGACAAGGAACUGCAGGAGUUCCCUCAAAAUGUCCUCAGUAAAGACACAUCCAGCUCUGUAGUCGGCACUGCUGCUGAAACCCAAGAUGUAUUCAACCCAAUUUGCACUGUGUGUUUGAUGGUUAUCAAGAAGCUGGAGACGCUGCUGCCUAAAAAUAUGACUGAAGAAACUUUAAAGAAGCUGAUGGAAGAGGUCUGUGAUCUGGUACCAUCCAGCUACAAGGACCAAUGUGAUGAUUUUGUAAACAAAUAUGGGGUGGAGAUUGUUGAAUUCCUGUUGGCAUCAGCUGCGCCUCACACCAUAUGUAUGCUUUUGCACCUUUGCUUGUUUGAGACGCAGCCUGCUCCAGAGCUGGACCCAAUCUCUGACUGUGAAUCCUGCCAGACACUUACUGCACUGAGCCGUCUGCACCUGGGCCUAAACGCCACCGAAACUCAGACAUCAACUUUCCUCCAGUCUGUGUGCACCCUGCACCCAAAAGCCAUCCCCAAGUGUGAGGCUUUUACCAGAGUCUAUGGCUCACAGCUGCAGAAGCUGUUGGGAAACCAAAUGGAUGCCCCACAUGUUUGUGAAAAAGCUGAUCUGUGCGUCCCAUCAAAGAAGCUGGAGCCACUGGGGAAAAAUCCCUGUACCUGGGGACCAAGCUACUGGUGCAAAAAUGUAAACACUGCUCAGGAGUGUGGGAACGAGCUCUUCUGUGAGAAAUACAUGUGGAAGAAUUAAAACCUUGUAAGUUUCACGACAGCUACACAGCAGCACUUGGUCUGCCUUGAAUAAGUAAAGCACUGAAAAUGUUAAAUGUUCUGUAAAUGAAGUUUCAUUGAUUGUUCCAGUUUACCUACAAGGUCAUUUAGGUGCACUAUCCUAUUCUAUUGUAGCAAAAUUCUUAGAAAUCUUUAUACUUGCAUGGGAAUCAUAUUAAUCUGUAUGUAUUUUUAAGUGUUACUCUAUAAGCUUAGCUUUGUGAUCAUUAAUGUAAGAACAAAAUGAAAUUUCUGAUUGUCAGCCAUAGCAAGAACCUGCAAUGUUUCUAAAGCCAUUCUAAUGAAGGACUGCUUAGCUCAUUUCACUCCUCUUCUGUUGAUAACUGGA